AUCUGAUAUCUGGAUAAACUUCACAUUCGAGCAGCGGUCCGUCUCCUGUCGCCGGGGGGCUGGAUAUUUCAAGUGGCGAUCUGCUUUUACUGGCCGGGCACCCGUCCAACUCGAUCUCACGGACUAGACUUCCUCGCCAGCGAGCUGGACAACCCGGUGUAACGACCAAGCAGCGACCAAGACUCCAGAGGCAUCGAAUCUGGUGAACAAAUAUCGUGGAGAGUUUUGUUGUUUGGGAAUCAGAUGUCGUAGUGUGAGUUCUGUAAACGGCUUUUAUCAUCAAUCUUUAAUAGUUCAGCGUUUAACAAAUGCAAAACGUAAUUGAAUUUUACCCCCGACGUUUUCAGAUGAAGUUACCAGGCUACCUUCAUGACCCUAUUCCGUUAUUUGAAUAAGCUGACAGCACCAGCUCCUCUACAUAAUGAUAACCUUCGGCUGCUCUAUCCUCUGCCUUCUGCAACUUCUCAGCAACAGAAUUUCAGCUCAGUGGACAAGAGACAGGAUGCUGGCUGCCACAGGCUCCACUAUUCCAUUCCCCGGAACUGAUAAUAAAUUCAACAGUUUGAACUGGGACUUCUCCGUUUCCAGCCGAAAUCUCCCCAUUACUGAAGUUUAUGACGGAAAAACCAUCAUAUAUGAAAAGUACAAGAAUCGAAUUAAAGUUAACAUAUCAGAUGGAUCCUUUCAAUUAAAAGAUGUUGGUAAAGCAGACAGUGGCCACUAUAAAAUGACGGUGGACUUAGACCCACACAGGACCAGAAUUCUAACUCUUGGAGUCAUUGAUCCUCUCUCCACACCAUCCAUCUCCUGUGAAAACCACCCUGAGAACCACACGGCUGUGCUGAACUGCACGGUGCAGAGAGGGAGAGCGGCUUCCAUUCUGUGGAGCAGAGAAGAAGUUGUCCUCCCAGUUUGCCCACGGCAGUCCCUGUCAGAUGGGAAUGUAACGUUUACCAUUUGGAACGCAGAGAAAUCAGACUCUGGCUAUUACACAUGCAGCAUGGAAAACCAAGUCAGUCGAACCAACAGCACCUACCAGCUGGUCAUCGAGGGUCAUGAACUCAAUCCCAGAUCUCGGGUUGGAUUAUUCCUGACCAUUAUCGUAGUGAUCACAGUGGUUCUCGUGUUUAUCCCUCUGUUGGUACAUGCUUGGACUGCCUUCUUGAAUAAAUGAAGCCCCUCUACUCACUGGGACAAGAGGAACAGGUACAUUGGAACAUCACCAUCUCUCUGUUCCACUCCAGUUCACGAAGUCCCAAUGUUGGUCCACGUCGAUAUACAUUCAGCACAGCGCGAUUGCGACCCUGGAGCUAUCUGGCAAGCUACACUGUGGAAACAGCUUCACCCUAAGUAAUGCAGCAGUUCAAGAUAUGGCAGAUAUUUAAACAACCUUUUCAUUGCAUUCUGUGGGGAAAUGAGCCCAACUAGAAACAGGGGAUCCUGAGAGAAGGUGGACCAUUUUUAGAAGGGAUGUUACAAGCCUGAUGCACAAGAUGGGGUUGAGAGAGAAAGAUAGAUUAGCCAUGAUUGAAUGGUGGAGUAGACUCGAUGGACCGACAAGGCCAUCUAGAUCCGAAUUAGGGUCUUGCCCCGAAACGUCACCCAUUCCUUCUACCCAGAGAUGCUGCCUGUCCUGUAGAGUUACUCCAGCCUUUUGUGUCUAUCUUCGAUGUGAACCAGCAUCUUCAGUUCCUUCCUGCACAAGAUACGAAGGCACGGUAUCUGGCUUGAGGAUGGGUUAUAAACACAGAAGAAACAAAAGAUGCAAGUUGUGGAUUGACCCAAGAUCAGCUUAGUUUAGUUUAGAGAUACAGUGUGGAAACAGGCCCUUUGGCCCACCGAGCCCGCACCUACCAGCAAUCCCCACACAUUAACACCACCCUACACACACUAGGGACAAUGUUACAUUU